AUGGCACCAAACCCGGCCGCUGUCGGGGGCCUCCUGCGACAGGUGAUCCAUUAUCACCUCGACAAUGCCUCCUACGACAACGCGCUAUUCUUUGCCGAGCGAUUCGCCGCCCAAGAUCCCAAGGCCGCAGAUGCUGCGUACCUCUAUGCGCUUUGCCACCUGCGACUUGGUGACCAUCGAUCAGCGUAUGAUAUCUCCAAGCCCAUGGGAUACCGUGGGGUCAACCUGGGUUGUGCUUGGGUCUUUGCUCAAGCCUGUCUAGCGUUGGAGCGAAACAAGGAUGGCAUCGUGGCUCUUGAGAAGUCGAAAGGCCUGUGGUCGCAGAAAUGCAGCGUUGGAAGGCACACGGCUACGACGAGGGCGGGAUUCCCGGACACACCCGCUAUUCUUUGUUUGCUCGGAAAGCUGCAUCGUGCCUAUGGGGAUAAGAAGAAGGCUGUGAGCUGUUUCGAAGAAUCAUUAAAGAAAAAUCCGUUCAUGUGGGAUGCGUUUACGGCACUUUGCGACAUGGGCAUCAACGUUCGUGUCCCCAACAUAUUUAGAUCAAACGAAGGCUUGGCUCAGAGCUUUGAAUCAGAUGUCGUAUCAAACACCGCGGAGUAUGCGAGAGAAGCGCCCCUGGAUGUAAUUUCGUCAAAACGAGCAAUCACGAGGAACGUGCCGGCGGAUUUGGGAUCUGAUCCUUUCAAUAUUGGCUUCUCAUCAGCGGAAACAAGCAGCCCUGUGGUGGACAUGUUUACGGAGGCUCCCGAGAAUGAUUUCAUGUCCAAAAUCCAGAAUGCGCGCUUGCGACUUGCGGCAUCUACGAGCAGCCAACCGACUUCUGUUGCAGAAGGAAUGGAAACUCCGACCGGACCUCAAAGCUUGGCAGACGCAACAGCUGCGAGACCGGUGUAUGGACAGGAGCCACCACAGGCGCCAGCGAGGAGAGCCAGGAAUGUUCAGGGCGUCGAUACUGGGCUCGACGGACCUCCACGUAUGAAUUACAGGUUAGCAACGAAGAGGAAUGCUCGGCCUGGACAGGAGCACCAUCCUGUGGAACUAUUGCCUGAUGGUCCGACAACAGCAACCACAACAGCGGCAGGUGGAGGCGCGAGGACCGGUCACAUAGCCGCAGUGGAGAGGAAACGAACGCUUUCAGGCCACCCGGUUCCAAGAUCAACUAACACAGACGAGCAUGCGACUAGACGGAGUGCCAGGCUCAACAUGUUCAAACCUUCUACAAAGGCUAACGCAGGGGCAGCGACGAUAGGAGCGUCCGCUGGACGUGAGUUGAAAAAGGCUAGGCCCCCGGUCUCACGUAUCAUACGACCUGGUUCUAGUGGCUCAAGCGUCGGCAGAGUUGUCAGUGGAAAUAGAAAACCUGUGGAUGACCAAGCCGACGUCGAUCACGGAGAGACCUCAAGAACGAGAGAACCGGCACCACAGCCAGCAGCGCCCAAAGUGGUCGAGUCUGAUGUUGUCAAAGUUGAGGAAGCGCUUAAAUGGACACUGGAUCUCAUGAAAAAGCUGGGCAAUGGAUAUUAUUCGCUUUCCAGGUUCCAAUGUCAGGAGGCUCUGCAAGCCUUCGGCUCACUCCCGUCUGCCCAGCAAGGCACUCCGUGGGUUCUUUCUCAGAUGGGCCGAUCCUACUACGAGCAAGCAGCCUACGCGGAAGCGGAAAAGUUCUUCCGCAGAAUGCGUGUCCAAGCUCCAUCUCGUCUGCAAGAUAUGGAAGUGUACUCGACAGUUUUGUGGCACUUGAAGCGAGAAACUGACCUCUCCUUCCUGGCACAUGAACUGGUCGAUUCCGCCUGGCACUCGCCGCAGGCUUGGUGUGCUUUGGGUAAUGCUUGGUCUCUGGCUCGAGACCCAGAACAGGCGCUUCGCUGCUUCAAACGUGCAACUCAACUCGACCCCAAGUUUGCAUACGCUUUCACAUUACAAGGACAUGAGCACGUCGCCAAUGAAGAGUACGACAAGGCACUCACAGCAUAUCGUCAGGCCAUUGCUGCCGACAGACGACACUACAACGCCUACUAUGGCAUCGGUAGAGUACAGGAGAGGCUUGGCGCCUAUGACAAGGCGUACGACCACUAUUAUGCCGCACAGACUAUCAAUCCCAACAAUGCCGUGCUGAUAUGCUGCAUGGGAGGUGUGUUGGAGAAGCAGAAACAAAUGAUACAAGCCCUGCACGCAUAUUCCAAGGCAGCAGAGCUUGCACCGAGAGCAGCACAAACUCGGUACAAGAAGGCCCGAGCACUGCUCACUGUCGGACAAAUUGAGGCAGCGCAGAAGGAGCUGAUGAUACUCAAAGACCUUGCUCCCGACGAGGCUACUGUUCACUUCCUACUUGGAACGCUGUAUAGGAAUACGAAUGAGAGGCAGUUGGCUGUACGGCACUUCACCAUUGCGCUGGCCCUAGAUCCAAAGGCUGGACCAAAGAUUAAAGAAGCGAUUGAAAGCUUUGAAGAAGAUGUACCGAUGGACGAUUCAAUGAUGGCAUGA